AUGCUGGAAGAUAUUGGAAUGUUUUCAGUAUUUUCCGAUGACACAUCGACAAAAGGCCCAUCAUUAAAACUAUCAAGAGACCCUGCACGUAUGUUCAGAGGUCAGCUACAUCAGACAGAAUUAAAGACUAAUCAAGCAUACGGAGGAUUUGAUGUUCCAAAGUCCCUAGCCCAUUAUGGCAAAUUCAAGGGUAAAAUACCAGAGGUCAGAGCAACAGUCGAUGGCGCAUUAAGAGACUAUGGUAAUGAAAGAGUCAAAAUGUGGAAUUUGAACAUCAGAAAUGAUGAAAGAUAUGCUCAUUUCAACCAAAUGAGAUCUCAAAGUGGCCUUAAAAGGAAGAGAAUACAGUUUAAAAAAAUGGAGAAAGGCACUCAGAGUUCUACAAAGACGGAGAGGGAAGUACAAACAGUAUAUCCCGUAGAACGACGUGAUUCGUUCGAUUUAACAAUGGACAAAGAGAGGUCUGAAGUAUCGACAGAGGAGAUUCAAAGUAAACCGAAAUUAGAACUAAAAGCUGGACUGGAAAAAGCUGAUGUCGCCGCUAUAGACUUUUUGGAUGGCUUUGAUAGACUUGGGGAACAGGAGUGUCAUAAAAUGAUCAACGAAAUAUACUUUAAACCUGAUGAAGAUAUCAUUUCAUCUAUAUAUGUAUUACAAUCUGACAUCCCAAGUGUACAGUUGAUGAAUAUCAUAACAGUGAGAAUUCCGGUCAAAAUCAGAUUCGAUUCAGAAAAAUUGAAAUUCUUUAUACGGAUGAGGGUUGGACUGGUAUGGCGAAGAAUUGAUGCGAGAUUUGAGGAAACACCAGGAAACUCAAUAUUUGAAGGUUAUCUAGUGUUCAAAACUGAAAUUCGUGGAAAUUUCUUUGCAACGUGCGAUUUUAUACAAUUCACCUACAAAGUUGACAAGCAUGGAUACAAAUUUAAAAAUGCUUUAAUUCCUGACAUACAAGUAGCUGUAAAAGGAGGAGUCUUGGAUGAACCGGAAGACGUCACAUUUCAGGUACGACUUAUUGACAGGGAACGAUUUUCUAAAUAUGACGACGUGUGUCCAAGACUUAUAUACCCGAUUACCUAUAUAUCAGAUGGUCUAUGGAUUCGACGAAAUAAGUUAUUGUAUUCUAAACGAAUAUCGCCGUUAUUGGUAACAAUUAUGAAUGACAUUUCAUAUGGGAUAGACAGUGAGGUAUACUUGAUUCGUGAGAAGCAAGGAAGAAUAAAUAUCAUCGGCUGUAGAACAAGUACAGAUAAGAAAUUUAUAGUGAUGCUGGACCAUACACACUCGACGUUCUGGUAUGUGGUCACGAAAGAAAUAAAUAAGUAUAAGUCGUAUGAACCGAUUUUAGAACGUGGAUUUUCUGUUGCUUCAUCACGAACUUGUGUUUGCAAAAUUCUUACCUUUCACGAAAAUAAAAAAGAGGAUUUUAACAUUUGGGUAUGCAUAGUAGAACAUCCAGAUGUUGAUAAUACGGUCAGUAAAUACCUUGGUCUAGGUGGAGUAGCAGACGAUAAACGGUUAGAAAUGUCUGACGAUGGUGGAAUUUCCCGUACUAUCGAUUUCGUUUCCCGGUCUUCAGUCGUUAAUAUUGACCUUGACGGUAAUUUCAAACAAAGAUAUUACAAGGAACUCCCUACAUUGCAAUUUAGUGUCGGACACUCAUGCCGCGUGAAAUUCAAAAUAAAAUGUAGAAUAAAACCAUUACUUUGUGAUGAUAAGGAAAAGGUAGCGGUUAUUCGGUUUUAUAUCGGAACAAAGACUAUCCAUGAAGUUCUUAUCGAUACUGCAGCACCCAUUCCAGAUUUUGAGGUCGUACCCAAAACCGAAGCGCCAGAAUAUACAAUGGAAGCCAUUGAGAAGUUAUUAAGCGCCGAAAGUCUACAUAAACUUGCCGCUUGUUUGUCAGAAGAUGAGGGAUUUGACUUGUCAAUACGGCUUGGGGUUCCUGCUGGAACCGUGUCCAAAGUGCUAAUAAUGAUUGGCAGUGUUGAAAGUAAAAACUUCAGAUUAAUUUUGAUUUGGAAACAAUCAAUAAAAGGGGACGUGUCGGAUGUAACAGACUUCAUUAAUGCUUUUCAUGACAUCGAUAGGGGAGAUUUAGCUUUUGGUAUCAUGGAUGCUUUAGACAAUUGUAGACCAUUUAAAAAGUGA